AAAUAGACAAAACCAAAUACCUAGAAACUUACUCUAAAAACAAGAAAUCAUGAAGAAGAUAAUGAAGGCAACCUUUUAAACCCGUUGGUCAUUUGUUUCAGUUUCUUUCGCUCGUCCCUGAAAUCGACCUCCACAAAGGCGGGGUGGAAUGAAGGUUGUGGGUGGAGAACGGUUGAGACCGUUCCUUAUCGUUGGUCUCUCUUUUGUCGGAUUUGCGUCGCUACUUGUAUAUAUCACUCGCCGGUUACCGUCACUUCCAGAGGAACAUCGAGGACACUUUAAAUUUCCGCACAAUGUUGAUGAGUUGAAAAAUAUCGGCCUAGUCCUGUCGGAAUACCAGGAUAAUUACUACUGGCAAAUAUUACUUCUGAUAAGCACCGUUUUUAUAUUCCUUCAAUCAUUUAUGAUACCAGGUUCGGUGGUAUGUGUGGUGUUACUAGGGUAUCUGUUUCCUUUCCCAGUUGCUGUCAUUAUUGUAGCUUUGUGUUCAGCAAUCGGAGCGUCACUGUGCUAUCUUCUCGUCGGUUUUAUCGGUUCCAAGGUCCUGAUAUAUUUCAUCCCUGAGAAAAUUGAAUUAUGUCGUCAAACAAUUCAACGCUAUCGACACACUAUGUUCUUUUGUAUAUGCUGUUUGCGAAUUUGUCCUUUCAUCCCAAAUUGGCUUGUGAAUAUUUCUUCUCCAAUAAUUGAUAUUCCAUUGGUUCAUUUCUUCUUCGGGACAUUUGUAGGUGUAGUUCCAUUAUCAUUGGUAUUCAUUAAAGCAGGAACUGUAUUGCAAGAACUUACAGAUUUAGGUGUUACUUCGUUAGCUUCAUUUUCAACAUUAAUCAUUUUAGCUGGUUUAUCACUUCUACCUUUAGUCUUUCGUAAUCAAUUACGUGAAGCAUUUUUAUAAUUGAUCUUAUUUUAUUGUCCCUUUUUUCCUCUUCUCUCUUCUCUCUUAUUCAUAUUUUAUAUGUUUGUUGUUGUUGUAUUUUGUGUUCAUCACACACACACCCUAAAUUGGGAUUGGUUAAGCUCCUUCCUCUCUAGCUUGAAAGUGAUCCUACUACUGUAGAUAAUAUUUUCCAGUGUAUGUGAACACAUUAUUUUUCAUUUAUUUUUUACUAACAUUUCAUUUUUUGAAUUCUGUGAUGAUGAUGAUGAUGAUGAUCAAUGCAAUAUUGUUGAGUUCUUUUUUGUUUAUCUGUUUGUGUUUGUUUGUUUGUUUUCCCCCGGCUUUUUUAAAUCCUAUUUUUCAUCAAAGAGAAUUGUCAAUUAUUCAUACAUACUAUGAUAUAUAAACUUUUUUUUUUAUUCUGUCACUAUGCCUAUCAUGUUUCAAUAUGACUGACUGACUGAACUGACUGGUGGUGAUGGUGUUAUAUUAUACAGUCUAGUAUCAAAUGAUUUCUUCUUUUGUUAUUUUUGGUUAUUUAUUAUUAUUAUUACUAUUCAGUGUACAUUGUUCAACAGCUCAUUGAUUUGUAUUAAUAUAUAUAUAUAUAUAUAUAUAUAUAUAU